CCAGGCGUGCCCAACCCGAGCCAGCGCAACGCAGUCACUCCAGGGCCACCAGCAGCGACGGCGGGAAGCCACUUCGAGCUCCCUCACACACAGGCACACACGUCCUUCGGCGGCCUGGGAGUUUGCUCGAGAGCCCUUCGCCCCUUUCACUCGGCCGCGGCUGGUGGUGCUUUGCCGGGAGGUCGUCUCCUCCUCCUCCUCUUCCUCCACCUCCGGAGCCUUGUUGGGAUAACGUCGCCGUGUGCUUUGUGCGCGCGCCUUCGGCUGCCGCGCAGGGAUAUUUUUUCGGGGGUCCGCAAGCAGAGGCGCCUUUUGGACGGGGGGCGAAGUCCGGAUCUUCUUCGGCCAGAUGAGUGACUUUGGAAUCAAGAACAUGGAUCAGGUCGCACCUGUGUGCAAUGCAUAUAGAGGACUGCUCAAGCGGCAGCCUGCAUUUGAUAGCUUUGAAAGUGCGAAUUCUUUGUUUACUGGAUACUUUCCCUCAUUAAAUGAAGAUCAGACAGUCCAGGAAGUGCCAACAGGCCUUGAUUCUAUUUCUUAUGAAUCAAACAGCUGUGAAUUGCCUCUCUUAACCCCAUGCAGUAAGGCUGUGAUGAGUCAGGCCUUAAAAGCAACCUUCAGUGGUUUCACAAAGGAACAGCGCAGACUGGGUAUUCCAAAUAAUCCAUGGUUAUGGUCACAUCAUCAGGUGUGCCAGUGGCUUAUCUGGGCCACCAAUGAAUUUAGUUUGGCAAAUGUGAACUUUGAGAGGUUUGCCAUGGAUGGGCAAGAGUUGUGCAGACUGGGAAAGGAGCGCUUCUUGGAACUGGCACCUGAUUAUGUGGGUGAUAUUCUCUGGGAACAUCUGGAUCAAAUGGUAAAAGACAGUGAAGAAAAGUCACAAGAUCAGUAUAUGGAAAACGCCCAUCUCACUUCAUCCAUGCACUGGGUCAACAACAACACAUUAGGUAUUAACAUAGAACAAGCACAGUAUUGUGCUCAAGUACCCAGCUAUCCAAAGGCCCCCAGCUAUCCAAAAUCCAGCCUUUUGGAUGACUUAUGUCAGACAUCUGUUGGACCAAAUGUAGUGAACCUAAAACAAGAAUAUCAGAUGUUUCCUAAAGCACAGUUAGAAACUGUCAGUGUGAACUACUGCUCCAUGAACCAGGACUUCACAAGAAACAACUUGAACUUGAUGCUGGAUAACUCUGGUAAACCUAAAGAGCAUGACUCAAGUGACAGCGGCACAGAAAGUUAUGAAGGCUCAGAUUCAUUGCUGCAGUCUUGGAACAGCCAGUCCUCGUUGGUGGAUGUCCAGCGUGUGCCAUCUUAUGAGAGUUUUGAUGAUGACUGCAGCCAGUCCUUGUGUCUGAACAAACCCACAAUGUCCUUUAAGGACUACAUUCAAGAAAGGAGUGACCCUGUGGAGCAAGGGAAACCAGUUAUACCAGCAGCAAUUCUAGCUGGGUUUACAGGUAGUGGACCGAUACAAUUGUGGCAGUUCCUUUUAGAGCUUCUAACUGACAAAUCGUGUCAGUCAUUCAUCAGCUGGACUGGAGAUGGAUGGGAGUUUAAAUUAACAGAUCCAGAUGAGGUCGCACGGCGGUGGGGCAGAAGGAAAAACAAGCCCAAAAUGAACUAUGAGAAGCUGAGCCGCGGCCUCCGCUAUUACUAUGACAAGAACAUCAUACACAAGACUUCAGGGAAGCGCUACGUAUACCGUUUUGUAUGUGACCUACAUAACCUGUUGGGCUAUACAGCAGAGGAGCUGCAUGCAAUGCUAGGAGUGCAGCCAGACACAGAAGACUGAGCAUUGCAAUUUUCUGUAGCAUUGAUGGAAGAAUGCAACAACGCAUGAACUGUGAACUGGGACCUCCUGCAUCAGUCAUUAGUUUUACCUUCUGGCUGUUUGGAGUGGGGCGCUGUAAAAGACCUUAAAAGAAGUGAUUUUGUGAACCAGGUGAAGUCAAUGGAAAGAGAAAUGGCCUUAUUUGGGGGCACCAUGGCUUCAGAUCUUGAUGUGUCCAACCUUUUGAGCAGCAACGAGUGAGGUCAACACAGUUCUCAGCUGUAACUUGGAAGAUACGAAAGUACUCCAGGGUUUAGAGUUCUGGUUUUUUUUAUACCACCAUAUAAUUAAGGGUGUUACCCAUACCAAAGGCUGAUAGCCACCAGAAUUUCUAGCUUGAACAAACCCUAAAAAUAACAACCUUGCAGAUGUUAUAUGUCAUGACAUGUGAUUUAAGAGAGGGAAGGUUAGACAUCCUUUAUUUAACUCUGGGUACUGAGUUGAGUUUGCAUUGGGCGUUCUUGCAAAAGCAGUGCAUGUACCCUCCGCAAACUGUAGUCUCAGAGCCAGGUGGAGCAGUGGCAGAGAGUCCUCGCAAAGAGGGAAGAAAUAUGUACCAUUUCAAAGUCUGUAAUUUGUGUUUGUGUGUAUAAGCACGUUCAUAAUGAAUCUCUGGCAGUUUAAUGCUCCUAUUUAACAUAUUGUAUAUUGUAAUUUAAGCUCAUACAAGCAUCUGAAAGAGGAGGAAAGUAAAAGUUUCAUUUCAGAACAGCAGCACUUAAGCAUCCUGGAACAAGUAUUUAAUCUACUGAAGGAGUUGAUAAAUCACAUAGGCACAUGAUGAGUGCCUUUUUUGUGCAAGGAGUAUAAUUCAUGGCUGGCUGAAAAACACUUUGAGUUUUGGUUUUUUUUUUGCAAGGGACUAAUAAUAUAGUCUGGGGCAUAAAAGGCCCAAUUUGCCUUUUAUUCUAACUGAAAUUGAAAAUGUUAAUAUUGUUUUCAAAUAUAUUUAUUAAUGGCAUAUCUCUUCUAUGCAUGUCCUUUUGGAAACAAUUUAUAUGUAUAGUCCUUGUUUCUUUUCUUCAGUUGGCCAUUACCCAACCUUUGCCCUCACCCUUCAUCAACUACCCUGAUAAAAAUAUGAAUUCUAUUUUUGGAAAUAAUUCUGACUCCUUUUCAGCAGUUAGGAGAAAGAUAUAUGUAGCAGCUAUUUUUACUGCCAAAAAAAAAAAACACUUCACUGGGAAAAAAUGGUUUGUAAAUGAAAAAUAUUGUAAAAGAAAAGUAUUUUUUAUCUUGAGAUUGAUGUAAAUUUAAAUGUACAGUCUGACGUUUAAAAUGUUAUUAAAACCUCUUGAACAAAUAUUAA